CUGCGUGCGCCCCCUUUUGGCGGGAGCGCCGUCCGGAAGUGAGGCAGCAGGGGAAUGUCCGGUGACGUCAGCGCGUCUGGACGCCAUUAGAUCUGCAGCUGUUUGGAGAGAAACAACAACAACACGAACGAACGAACGAGCCUCGCACGGAACGGAACGGAACGCGCUCUGGACCGCGGGAGCCCGACGCCUCUUUCCCCUCCCCCGGGCUUCACCGGCUUCUAACCACGGCCGCUCUCGGUGAGGAAACUCUGGCCUCCGCUUCCUCCUCCUCCGACUCGGACACCGGCGGAGCGUCGCCGCCCCCGCGGAAGAAGCACCGAUCCUCGGCGGCGGAGGGAGUAGGAGAGCCCGGGGCUUCAGCGGGCCUUCCGUCAGCGACCCACCUGAGCCGAACCGGCACCAACAUGCAGUCGAAUGGGACCGGACAGGAGCAGAACCACCCGGCCAGCGCGCAGAACGGAGAUGCCAACGGCCUCCAGAGCAACGCAGACUCUGCUUCGGGGGCCUCCGGGACUGGUUCGGGUUCCCUGAAGAAGAAGAAGCGUCUGUCUCAGGCGGAGGAGGACGUGAUCCGCCUCAUCGGACAGCAUCUGCACAGCUUAGGGCUGAAAAUGCUGGAUGAAAAUGCUGAACUGACGCUUUUGUUUCUUUGUGGGACACAGGCUGAAAACGACCUCAACGAGCUGAAAGCAUUAAUGCAUUCACCCAACGCUAUUGUGCGGAUGAAGUUUCUGCUAUUACAGCAGAAGUAUCUGGAGUAUUUGGAGGACGGAAAAGUUCUGGAAGCUCUGCAGGUGUUGAGAGGAGAGUUGACUCCGCUCAAAUACAACACGGAUCGAAUCCACGUGCUUAGCGGGUAUCUGAUGUGUAGUCACUCUGAGGAUCUGAAGGCAAAGGCUGAAUGGGAGGGAAAAGGCGCUGGAUCACGAUGUAGAUUACUGGACAAACUCCAGACGUACCUGCCCCCCUCUGUAAUGUUGCCCCCUCGGCGGCUGCAGACUCUGCUCAGACAGGCCGUGGAGCUGCAGAGAGAUCGCUGCCUUUAUCACAACACCAAACUGGACUCCAGUCUGGACUCUGUGUCCUUACUGCUGGAUCACGUCUGCAGCAGGAAACAGUUUCCCUGUUACACGCAGCAGAUCCUCACAGAGCACUGCAAUGAAGUCUGGUUCUGCAAGUUCUCCAACGACGGCACUAAACUCGCCACCGGCUCGAAAGACACAACUGUGAUUAUCUGGCAGGUGGAGCCGGACUCGCAUCAGCUGAAGCUCUUACGGACUCUGGAGGGUCACGCGUACGGUGUGUCGUAUCUUGCCUGGAGUCCUGAUGAUGUUUACCUGAUUGCCUGCGGUCCUGACGACUGCUCCGAGCUCUGGCUAUGGAACGUUCAGACAGGAGAACUGCGGACUAAGAUGAGUCAGUCUCAUGAGGACAGCCUGACCAGCGUGGCCUGGAACCCUGACGGCAAGCGCUUCGUUACAGGAGGACAGAGAGGGCAGUUUUACCAGUGUGAUCUUGACGGAAACCUGUUGGAGUCGUGGGAAGGCGUGCGUGUGCAGUGCCUCUGGUGUUUGGCCGACGGCCGGACUGUUCUCGCCUCUGAUACGCACCAGAGGAUCCGUGGAUACAGUUUCGAGGACCUAACAGACAGAAACAUAGUUCAGGAGGAUCAUCCUAUAAUGUCUUUCACUGUUUCUAAGAAUGGAAGAUUAGCUUUGUUAAAUGUAGCAACUCAGGGCGUUCAUCUCUGGGAUCUACAGGACCGUGUGUUGGUCAGGAAGUAUCAGGGUGUGACACAGGGUUUCUACACCAUUCACUCCUGCUUCGGUGGACACAACGAGGAUUUCAUCGCUAGCGGCAGUGAAGAUCAUAAGGUAUAUAUUUGGCACAAGCGCAGCGAGCUGCCGAUCGUGGAGUUGACGGGACACACGCGCACAGUGAACUGUGUCAGCUGGAACCCCUGUAUUCCCAGUCUUAUGGCCAGCGCUUCUGAUGACGGCACAGUCCGUAUCUGGGGACCCGCACCCUUCCAGGGUGCUCAAGAGCUGGACAGCCUCAAUGGUACACACAUGCUAUCCAAUCACAGAACAAACGGGAAGUGUAAUUACACUGAGAGUUAG